GGAAGUGAAGAGCAUUUUUCAUUCUGUUGUUUCAGGUUGCAGCUGCGUUGGGUUUCAGACGGUUUUACUCUUGUUUCUGCUGCUGAAACUGAUCAUGGAGCUUCUGUGGAUGAUCCUGCCGGUGUUUCUGGUCUGUGCCGAGGCUGAGAAUGUGACUGAGGUGAAGGCAGAGCUGGGUCAAAAUGUCACCUUAACCUGCUCUGUGGAGGUUUCAGACAUCUACUGGUACAUGGAGAUCCACAAUCAGUUUAGAGUGCUCAUCCUCCGCACUUUUGAUAAAACAGACAAUAAUCCCAACUACUGUAAUCCUGAGUUCAAAACCAAAUAUUCAGUCCUGGAAAACAGCCUUGUGAUUACAAAUGUCACUGCAGAGGACUUCAGGUGUUACUUUUGUGCACGGAGGCAAUAUGACCGCAUUCGUUUUGAGGGAACUAUCAGCCUCGUCUCAGACUCCAUCACUCCGUCCAACAACUGCAAACCAAACAACAACCAGCAGCGCAUUCAGGGAAUAUGGCAGAGUCAGACGAUUCUUUUCAGCUCGUUUGCCCUGAACGGCCUCCUCGUGUUAUUGGUAAUAGGUUCAUCUUUUACAUAUCUGUAUCUGAAGAGAAACGACUCCAAAUACCAGGUGAAUGAACCUUCACCUUUGACCUCUGAGAACCCAGAGACACCAGAGGCACAGAAGACAUGUUUUCACCAGGUGGAGACGGGAUCUGACAGUGUUUUUAACACCACCUGUGUAUACCGUAUUUCCUCAAAUAAAAGACAGUAGUCGAUUAAAAGCUGGGUCUGUGAUAAUGGCCGGGGGCGGUCAACACGAUCAAAGAAAGUCCGGCUCCAAAAACAGGCCGGGGAAGAAAAAAGGGGGGAUAAACUCCUGGUGGUGCCUGUUAUAUAAUAUGCAUGCCAGUUAAGCUUAAUGUACAUUUCCACUGCUAUAAUUGAAUAACUGCUAUUUUCAACAUGUUGUUGUUCUGGAUUACUCAUCUAAAGUAUUAUUUCAGUCACUGUGUGUUUUGUUCCUCAUGAUCUCUGGCUCCCAGAAGUGCUGUCGCUUUGACAAACAUGCCAAACUCUGUUUAUAAUUCUUGAUAUUUUAAAAGUUUCCUCACUGAAUAUAAGAGAUGAAUGCUGGUUUUUAAUGACUUUUCAGUCUUUUUAGCUGAUCUAUAGUUCAGUACUAUUCUUGGACUUGCUUGAGCCGCUGACUGCCACCGUUUCAACAUGGCUAGCGGAGCUAACGGCUAACCUCCACUCUAUAAAAGCCUAUAUUGUAUGUUAUUGUAUUUUGUGAAGUACCUUGUAACUCUGGUUUUAAAAGUGCUAUAGAAAUAAAGUUUAUUAUUAUUAUUAUUAUUAUAUUUAUUAAUGUCUCAGCUAACUGUAGUUUGUAGUAACGUACAAGUGCUACAACAUGGCUGUAGCUACAUUUGAAGUACCGUUGACUGUAAGGGGCUGAAUUUUCCACAACACAGUAGAGAGCGAACAGAAGCAGAUCAGAAACAAGGAGGCUUCGUACUAAAAUAUGAGCAAAUAUACUUA